UCCAUAUGCCACCUGUGAUGGCAGCCAGCAGUCGUUUAUUAGCACGAACCUCUUCGUCUUGCAAAAGCUUGCACAUCAGGUGCCGUAUAACGUCUUGGAUGAUGUCCGUAUUCUCGAACGAUUUGCGAAAUAUGUUCUGCAAAUAUGAAGAAGAUCCGACGUAGUUCUAUGGGUAUGCGUAGACAUGCACAGUUCCUUGCUCGCACAGUUUUUGUUCAGAAUAACGAUAUACAAAAAGCUUCCCGUACAUUGAAUGGUAUCCUGUCAAGAGAAGGCAUCCUUUCCCAAUUCAGACGUACUAGAUACUAUGAAAAACCUUGUCAGACAAGAAGAAGAGUUAAUUUUGAAAUGUGUAAAGCUAUUUAUAACGAAGAUAUGACUAGAAAAAUUAAAUUUAUUUUAAGAAAAAAUAGAGCAGAUCCAUAUCCUGGUGCUUCAUAAAGUUUAUGUUCUCAUUAAAUGUUUUAUAUGAUCUUCAAGUCAUCUGUAA